AUGGAUGGUAUAUCCUCGGCAGCAAGCAUUAUUGCGGUCAUUCAAUUAACGGGAAGUCUCGUGAAACUUUGCGGGGGCUACAUUCAAGAGGUGAGAGAUGCACGGGAUAAAAUUCUCACCCUACAACAGGCGAUUGCAAGCCUCCAAGGCACACUCCAAGAACUGCAAAGAUUCCUUCGAAGUAACGAUCCAAAGACGCUUCCUGCCUCUUCACAGCUGGUCAGCAAUAUUACCGAUUGUCUCUCCGACCUCCGAGCCUUAGAAGGGAGACUUGAUCCACGGAAGGGAAAGAAGCUGAUGAGGAAACUGGGACUACGAGCCUUAAAGUGGCCCCUGAAGCGCUCAGAGGUGGAAGGUGUUAUUCAGAAAAUUGAAAGAUACAAAUCUUUAUUCAUCUUAUCCUUAAAUGUGGAUCAAACUUCUCUGAUGGUCGGCGUGGCGCAGGUUACCGACCGCAUUAAUCAGAAUAUGGACCUUGUGAAGUUGGAAGGUGUGGUGGAGGCGGGAUUUGAGUCAUUCUCCAAUCGAGACGAAGUCCAAUGUCUCCAAGGCACUAGGACUAAGCUUCUCCAGCAGAUAAUGGAAUGGGCUAUUUUGCCGUCCCCAAAAGCCAUUUUUUGGUUGAAUGGCAUGGCUGGGACGGGAAAAUCCACAAUAUCUCGGACUGUGGCAAGGUCGCUUAAGGACAGUAACCACCUAGGUGCUAACUUCUUCUUUAAGAGAGGUGAAGGGGAACGAGGGAACGCGAAGAAGUUCUUCCCGACAUUAGUAAGGCAACUGGUGCUUAGGAUCUCUGAGCUGAGGCCUGGUGUGCAAAAGGCACUCCACGAUGACCCUGACAUAACGUCAAAAUCACUUAGUGAGCAGUUUGAGAAACUACUCUUUCAACCGCUGCUCAAUCUUGACCAACUCGGCCAGCAACCUCAAAUCGCUGUGAUAGUGAUCGAUGCUUUGGAUGAAUGUGAACGUGAUCAAGAUGUACGAAAUAUAAUCCGACUACUGCCUCGUCUACAGGAGGCAAAAGCGGUUCGUAUCCGGGUCUUCUUGACUAGCAGGCCUGAAUUUCCAAUCAACCUCGGCUUUUCAAAGAUCGCAGAUCAUGAUUAUCGGGACCUCGCUCUUCAUGAAAUACCCGAAGAAGUGAUAGAACACGACAUAGAGUUGUUUCUCCACGACCGAUUUACGAAAAUCCAACACGAUAGGAAUGUUUCUCGAGACUGGCCUGGCGAUGAUGUUGUCCAAGAAAUUGUCACAAUGUCUGUUCCCUUGUUUAUUUCUGCUGCUACUAUUUGCCGAUAUAUCGAGCAUUCCAAAUUGGAACCAACAACACGUCUGGCAGAGCUUCUUAAGGAUUCGCGUCAUUAUGCAGGAAAAAUGGACAAGACCUAUAUGCCAGUUCUAAAACAACUCAUCGACGAUGAAGAGAGCGAUGAGUCAGAGCAGCAGCAGCUCCUGCACCAGUUCCAGAAAAUUGUCGGUGCCAUCAUCCUUCUUGCUGUUCCGCUUUCAACAAAUGCGCUGGCGCUAUUUCUUGGGAUAGAAGCAAACAGGAUUAGCAACCUGUUGGAUUUUUUCCGGUCUGUUCUAAGCGUUCCUAGUGAUCGAGAUCUGCCUGUUCGGAUUCUACAUCUCUCUUUCCGAGAUUUUUUGGUUCAAACCAAAAGCCAGUUUCAUGUGGACGAGCCAAAUAAGCAUAAGGAAAUUGCUUUCUUGUGUCUUGAAAAAAUGAGAAGCCAUCUGCGGAAAAAUAUCUGCAAUCUAGAAGGCCUUGCAACCCUUAGGGCCGACAUCAAUCCUAAAUCCUUACGCCAGCACUUACCGCCAGAACUACAAUACUCAUGUCGAUAUUGGAUACAUCAUCUUAAACAAAGUCCUAUCUCAUCCUCGGAGGCGGACUUUGUGUUACUGUUUCUCCAUGCGCAUUUUCUACACUGGGUUGAAGCGAUGUGCCUACUUGGUCUUGUAUCGGAAGUGGUGGGGAUGCUGAAUCUCCUCCAGAAGAUUGAACUAGGCGAUCACCAGUCUGUAAUUUCCGAGUUUCUGCAUGACGCAAAGCGGUUCAUCCUGAAGAACCGCCAGAUGGCCGAUGAUGCGCCCCUUCAACUUUACUACUCAGGACUUGUCUUUGCACCUAAAGAAGCGAUAAUCCGUAGGAAAUUUGAAGCGGAAAUUCCUGAUUGGAUAUGUCCAUUGCCACGGGUUCAGGAAACCUGGAGUUCAGAACUGCAGACCCUCGAGGGCCACUCACGCUGGGUUUGGUCGGUCGCCUUCUCACCCGACGGCGCGCUGCUGGCAUCCGGCUCCCAUGACAAAACCGUGCGCCUCUGGGACACGGCGACAGGCGCGCUGCAGCAGACCCUAGAGGGCCAUUCAGACCGCGUUCGGUCGGUCGCCUUCUCACCCGACGGCGCGCUGCUGGCAUCCGGCUCCCAUGACAAAACCGUGCGGCUCUGGGACACGGCGACAGGCGCGCUGCAGCAGACCCUCGAGGGCCAUUCAGACUGGGUUCGGUCGGUCGCCUUCUCACCCGACGACGCGCUGCUAGCAUCCGGCUCCUAUGAUAAAACCGUGCGCCUCUGGGACACGGGGACAGGCGCGCUACAGCAGACCCUCGAGGGCCAUUCAGCCUCGGUUUGGUCGGUCGCCUUCUCACCCGACGGCGCGCUACUAGCAUCCGGCUCCCAUGACAAAACCGUGCGCCUCUGGGACACGGCGAUAGGCGCGCUACAGCAGACCCUCGAGGGCCAUUCAGACUGGGUUCGGUCGGUCGCCUUCUCACCCGACGGCGCGCUACUAGCAUCCGGCUCUGAUGAUAAAACCGUGCGCCUCUGGGACAUAGGGACAGGCGCGCUGCAGCAGACCCUCGAGGGCCAUUCAGACUGGGUUCGGUCGGUCGCCUUCUCACCCGACGGCGCGCUACUAGCAUCCGGCUCUGAUGAUAAAACCGUGCGCCUCUGGGACACGGAGAUAGGCGCGCUACAGCAGACCCUCGAUGGCCAUUUAGACCGGGUUCAGUCGGUCGUCUUCUCACCCGACGGCGCGCUACUAGCAUCCGGCUCCUAUGACAAAACCGUACGCCUCUGGGACACAGGGACAGGCGCGCUACAGCAGACCCUCAAGGGCCACUCAGACUCGGUUUCGUCGGUCGCCUUCUCACCCGACGGCGCGCUACUAGCAUCCGGCUCCCAUGAUAAAACCGUGCGGCUCUGGGACACGGCGACAGGCGUGCUACGGCAGACCCUAGAGGGCCACUCACGCUGGGUUUGGUUAGUCGCCUUCUCACCCGACGGCGCGCUGCUAGCAUCUGGCUCCUAUGACAAAACCGUGCGCCUCUGGGACACGGGGACAGGCGCGCUGCAGCAGACCCUCGAGGGCCACUCAGACUCGGUUUGGUCGGUCGCCUUCUCACCCGACGGCGCGCUGCUGGCAUCCGGCUCCCAUGACAAAACCGUGCGCCUCUGGGACACGGCGACAGGCGCGCUGCAGCAGACUCUUCGAGCCAAUGGAUCAGUCACUGACGUUGAAUUUGAUCACGAUGGAUCCUCUCUAAUCACUAAUCUGGGAUCCCUUGAUAUUCAAUCUUCUAUCCUCGUAUAUCCAUUAGCUGUCGCUCAGAAAAACCCAAAUACGGCGAAAAUACACCCUAGCCCUAUUAUCAACGUUGUUCGCAGCGGGACUUGGACCGACUCAGUGCCAUUUGAGGUGGUACUCGAUGGAGUCGAUCCAGGUAAUGAAGUUAAUCCAGGUAAUGAAGUUAAUCCAGAUGAUGAAGUCGAUCCAGGUGAUGAAGUCGAUCCAGGUGAUGAAGUCGAUCCAGGUGAUGAAGAGGUUGGGGAUAUAGGAGUGGGUAUGGAGGGUGUGGCAGGGGUAGAAACAGGCGUAGAGGUGGGGAAACGGCUCCCGCGGGUUGUUGGGUGGUGGGCCGCGUCGACGCUUCCUAUUGGGGUAUGCCACAAAAGGUCAGUCGAAGAUGGAGAAGCGCCCUGGGGCCUCAUUGUUCGCGUUCGAGUAAGACUAUUCGUGCUCUUUGGAUUUGCCAGAGUACUGUGCAAAUGUCUAGCUGAAGACGUGUUUUCUAAGGCUAUGACCGUCGUAUAUCGAGUCGCGGUGCCUGUCGUCGUUAUGGUGAUGCUCAUCGGGGUGCUUAUUGCAUAUGAUCGACUUGGGUUAUGCGUGCGACCGUCAGAAGUCCGCCUUCAUCCAUCGGAAAAAGAUGCCUAUACUUGGCUUUUUAGCAAUGCGACCAGCCAUUUGUUCGAUAGACAGCUUAGCGAUAUGUCGACCAACAUGUACAUUGAGAUAUCGAAUGGGUUAGAAUGUGGGGAUAUCCGAGCAGUUUGCAACGAUGAUCACUCGCCUUGUCCUCUCGAAGUGCGGACAAGUAUCCACGACCUGGAAGCAGAUACACAUAACCUUGAAAAACAACUACAGGACUCCAUACACACCAUUCAAAAAUUGGAAACCGAGAUCGAGGAGUACAAGCAUAGGGAGGGAACUUUACUAUCUCAAAACCGUCGCUUACGCCAGGCUUUUAUUGUUUACCUCAGAAAGGCCCACAGCAUUGGCCGGUGCCUUGGAGAAACUGAGCGGCAGAUUCACGAGUUUUUAAAUAGGCCUCAAGAAGAUGACUCUCUGACUCCGAAAGUCUGUAGGAUGCUCGUUGCAGACAUUGUCGAAGAAGAAAACCAGCAUGCUGCGCGUCAUUCACCAGCUCUGAAAAACAGUUGUCCCCACUAUGCUGGACCCUGGCUUUAA